GGGGGGCGUGUCUGUUGUCGGGGGUCAUGUGACCAUGUGACCAUGAAAGUGCUGUCACUAGUAUAAAUCCUCAGAUAGACAACGUACUGCUUCUCUCUCAGCCCUGUAUCCGGUUCGGUCUGGCUGUUACUUGAGCUAUGGCAGACCAGGCUUUUGUCACCCUCGCUACAACUGACAAUUAUGCCAAAGGAGCAAUGGUACUUGGCAAGUCCUUGAGGAAUCACAACACAUCGAGGAAACUAGUGGCCCUGAUUGGCCCCCAUGUCUUGGAACCCUCCAGAGCAGUGCUUCGUAAGGUCUAUGAUGAGGUCAGGCUGGUGGACGUGCUGGACAGUGGGGAUGCUGCACACUUGGCCAUGAUGAAGAGACCUGACCUGGGCGUCACCUUCACCAAACUCCACUGCUGGACUCUUACAGAAUACUCCAAAUGCGUGUUUAUGGAUGCAGAUACUCUAGUUUUGUCUAACAUAGAUGAGUUAUUUGAAAGAGAGGAGCUCUCUGCUGCACCAGAUCCCGGCUGGCCUGAUUGCUUCAACUCUGGUGUGUUCGUCUUCCGUCCCUCCAACGAGACCUAUGGGAAGCUUCUCACUACCUGCUCAGAGAAUGGCAGCUUUGAUGGUGGGGAUCAGGGCGUCCUUAAUAGCUUCUUCAGCGAUUGGGCAACAGCAGACAUUUCGAAACACCUUCCUUUCAUCUACAACCUCAGCAGUAUCGCCAUCUACACCUAUCUCCCAGCAUUCAAGCAAUUCGGCCGUGAUGCCAAGGUAGUUCAUUUCCUUGGCAAAGUCAAACCGUGGGAUUACAGUUACGACACCACAAGCAAAACAUUAAAGGGACAGUCCCAGGAUGCUUCUGACAUGCACCCCAACUUCUUGCUGCAAUGGUGGGAGCUUUUCUCUUCUUCAGUAUUGCCCCUCAUGAAGGAGGAAUACGGUGAACAGCCCUUCCAUUCUGGAUGCACAGAGAGUGAUAUUCAGGUUGACGUGGCUAAGAUGCACAUAUCCCAUCAUCCCCCUCCACCUCAGAUGUCGUCUCAGGAGCGCAAACAGAAGUGGGAACAGGGCCAAGCUGAUUACAUGGGAAUGGACUCUUUUGAGAACAUAGAGAAAAAGCUAGAUUCUUUCUUGAAGUGAGCGACUCAUAGGAACAGAUCAUCAGAUCUAGUUUUGUACUAGGGUAUGUAUAGGCCAUGAAAUUACAUUAAAAAAAAUAAAAAAUACAUCCUCUAAUUUUUAUACCAGUGCAGCUCAACUACUCAACCUCUCACACACUGUGAUUGCAACAGUUAUUAGAUGACAGUGUCACUUGUCUCAUUUCCAGAGGAGACGUGACACGACAUAACCAGUCAGUCACUGUUUCUGAUCUCACUGAUCAAGACACUACUGUUACUUUUUAUUAUUAUUAUUUAAAAUACCAUAAUGUAAAUGUUAUGGGCCUAAAACUUAUUUGCCUUGUAAAUGUCAAAUAUACUGUACACCACUCAAUGUUCAAUAUUAAUCAUCUAAUGACCACCUUUGCAAUGAUAUUGUGUUUACAAUACACACUGUGUGCUGCCAACUCGCUUGCAUUGUUAAUACUAGCUCUGAUAGACAUCAGCAACUCUUAUUGUGUGAACCAAGGUCACUCUGCUCUUGCCUACUGGGCAAUCACUCCCUGUACCAGGGAUAAGGCACAAGAGUUUUGUUAAACCUUGUCACAACUUAUGCUGGUAAUGCUGUAGCUGUUGUUAACUAAAUGGUAACCUCUCUGUAGCUCUGCUCCCACCUGCAACAUCUGAAAUAAAGAACUAGUAAUAUGAGUCCUAA